AUGCUAAAGAAGUUGAUUCUUUUUCUAUUACUCUCAUUGAUUCUGGCGAUCAAAUGCGCUAAAUCUGAAACAGCAGUUCGAUCGUAUGUAGUUAAAGAAGACAAACCUCCCACCCUCAAACCUCUAACUGAUUUUACUGCGUAUGAUUCACGAGAAAAGGAUCGUAUUUACCUACUACGAACAACAUCGAGUGAUAUUGAUACCAUUACACUAUUCGAUUAUCGUGCUCGAACAAUGAUCGGAAAUGUCGAGGGAGAAUGGAUCAAUGGCAUCUUCAACGUGUCUCUCUCUAUUUAUGAUCCGAAAUCGGACAAAUGGGUUGAUGGAAUCAUGACACUUGUGCGAGGUCUUCUAUCCUAUACGUAUAAACUUAAUUGGAACAAUCAACGUCUGGUUAUGAAGAGCAAAUCGUUUACAAAAACGAUUAAAAUCUAUGAUGAAUCAACGAAUCAGUUAAUGGGACAAUUUCGCUAUCGUUCGUUCUGGCGUAGUGGCACGAAGUACAAAUAUGACGUGAAAAUCUUCACUAAUAAACUUCCCGAUGCUAUUUUUCUCCUAUCUAUGACAGUGGUUCAUCAUAGUGAAAAACUAGUGGACGACAAACGAUGA